AUGAUGUCUCGGUUCUGCUUGUUCUUAGCCAAGGCUCGACGCAAUCCGAUCUCGAAAGCUUCUCUUGCUUAUUCCCGCUCCAAUCAGAUAGAGAAGGCACAUCGCAUACCAGCCCCUCUAGCAAGGCUUGGGACGGCCCUUUGCAAGUACAAGCUUGGGCAAGUUUACGGUGAAGGGGUUCGUUGGCCUCACCCGAUGAUCAUGUCCACCAAGGUUGGACAAACCGCACUUCAAGGAAAAGAGGAGUAUAUACGUGGCCAUAUAUUUGAUUCAGUCGACUAUGAGAGAACGAUAACGGGCAGAGGGACGUUGAUAAUGGUCAUUGAUCCAUCGGAUGCGAAGAACACGAAAGCAUACAGAGACAUUGAACAAGACACUCCAUUCACUGUCCCUGCAAACCACGAGGUAAAGGUGAUAGAUGGCCUAGUAAAGGUGACCAAGUAG